GGCUGGACCUUUCCUCUGUUGCUUUUCCAUUGCCUCUGUAGACUCUGAUGGAUCACGAAAAACCCGAAGCAGUACUGCCGCAGGUCUUCGAAUAUGGGGCGGAUCAGAGUCGCUCGCGUUUCGACUCGGACUUCCAAAAUGUUCAGACUCUCACAGGUACUCGUACACCGUCAGUUGACGAGCCUGAGUUCCUUGAAGAUGCCCAGGGGCGCCGUGGCAAUGGUGUGUGGAGAGUGUUAGGGGAGAGACAAAUCAAUAUGAUCGCAUUUUCAGGCACAAUCGGAAAUGGAUUGUUCCUCGGAAGUGGUAAAUCGCUUGCUGGUGCUGGGCCUGGCGGCGCGGUCCUGGCCUACGUCCUCAUGGGGACGGUGAUAUCCUCAGUGAUAUCCUGCCUGGUCGAAAUGACUGCCCUGAUGCCUGUCAAUGCUCCCGUGAUGGAAUUCCCUCGACGCUUCCUCGAUCGAGGCGUUGGUUUUGCUGUGGGCUGGAUGUACUGGUUUGCAUAUGUCGUUCUUGCCUCCGACGAGCUGGUUGCGGUUGCCAAUGCAAUUAAUUUUCGCUAUGAUGACGGCAGCACAUCCUUGAGAUGGACAGUCGGCAACGAUGUUAAUCCCCUGGUGUGGAUUGCUUUGUUCCUUGUCAUAGUGACUAUCAUCAACAUGGCACCCGUGAAGUGGUUCGGAGAGCUCGAAUACGUAUUUGGUUCCAUCAAGUUGAUAUUCAUUACUAUGCUCAUCAUGAUGAUGCUCGUUCUGACCACAAUGAAGCCAAGAGCCAAUGCAUACUACGACACGACAAUAGGAUCCAAAUACUGGGACUCGCCGUACUCAUUCUUCAAUCACGUCUUUCAGGUAAAGGAUGAGAGCGGGAAGUAUGAGCGGACUAUUACCGGUGGAAUUGGAACUUUCCUUGGGAUGUGGACAACUAUUAUCCAUGUUAUAUUCUCCUACGUCGGGAUGGAUAUUGUUGCCGCUACGGCAGCGGAGAGCAAGUCGCUGCCAGAUGCGGAGAGUAUGAAGCUUGCUGCACGAAAGAUCAACAUUCGCAUCGUCUCUCUAUAUUCUAUUGCAAUGCUGACAGCCUCCUUCAUGGUUCCUAUGAACCACCCCUUUAUCAACGGAGGAGCACAGUCAGUAGGCGAAUCCUCAAUAUUUAUCAUCGCUGUCGUCGAGGCAGGGAUUCCUUCCGCCGCGCACUUUUUCAACGCGAUUUUCGUCUUCUCGUCCUUCACCUGUGCCAUCAAUUCUAUGUACGUGGGCUCGAGAGUACUGUAUACCCUGGCAUUGCAAGGCCAGACCGGACCCGAAUUUAUUACGAGGAGACUACGCCAAUGCCAUUGGGGGGUUCCGACAAGAUCGGUGCUCAUGACCGGCUGCUUAAUGAUGAUGGCGUUCAUGGGUAGUACUGGGGCGCCUGGUAUGAGACUGAGUGAGCUCGCAUCGAAUUGCACAGUGUCUUGUCUGAUCGUGUACAUUAUCAUCUGCGCCACUUACCUCCGCUUCUUUAAAACAUUGGAACAAGUCAAGCGAUAUGGAAAUGCUUCCGAAGCUCAAGCUGCAAGUUACGAUCGUAACCAUCCAGGAUAUCCCUACAAAUCCCAUGGGCAAUGGCUGAAAGCCGCGUAUGGCCUCAUUGCAAGCAUCGUACUCGUCACUUUCAACGGAGCAGUAUGUUUUGUGCAACGGCCCUUCGGCCUUCGACAAUUCAUUGCCUCGUACAUCAGUGUGCCGGUAUUUAUCAUACUUAUCCUAGGUUACAAGAUCCGCAAACAUGGUUUUAGGAUCUUGGACUGGGGCCCAGAACGAUCCAACGAUCUGCGUAAUACGGUGCAAGUCGCAAGCAAGACGCGGAAAGGAAGGCUGGUGUUUUUGGAAAAUGGGAGUGCGAGGGAAAACGUUUGGAUCUUCGUGCAUUGGGUUUGGGUAUGGAUGAAAUAGAGCACCUUGGUCUUACUUGACUUUGGCUUUUCAGGUGCGUUGGGCGUUUAAUAUACCACAUAUAGUUCUUUGGUUAGAGAGCAAAGUAUAUCGAGACUCGAAUAUAAUUGAAUCUAGUAAAUGC